AUGUCCGGUCCUGUCGCUCGCCUCGCAAACAUUGUGCUGGGCGGCGCAAAGAACGCUUCAUCAUCCACAAGUUCGAAUCAAGUUGCUGACAAUGUCCCCAGUGCUGAUCUGGGCCUCAUUGGCCUGGCCGUCAUGGGCCAGAACCUCAUCAUGAACAUGGCCGACCACGGCUUCACGGUUUGCGCCUUCAACCGAACCGUCUCCAAGGUCGACCGCUUCCUGGAGAACGAGGCCAAGGGCAAGUCCAUUGUCGGUGCUCACACCGUCGAGGAGUUUGUCAGCAAGCUCAAGACCCCCCGCCGUGUCAUGCUCCUCGUCCAGGCUGGCCAGGCCGUCGACGACUGGAUCGAGAAGCUCCUGCCCCUCCUCGAGGCCGGCGAUAUCAUCAUUGACGGUGGCAACUCUCACUUCCCCGACUCCAACCGCCGCACUCAGUACCUGAACCAAAAGAAGAUCCGCUUCGUCGGCUCCGGUGUCUCUGGUGGUGAGGAGGGUGCCCGCUACGGUCCCUCCAUCAUGCCCGGUGGCAACGAGGAGGCCUGGCCGCACAUCAAGGACAUCUUCCAGAGCAUCUCUGCCAAGAGCGACGGUGAGGCUUGCUGUGAGUGGGUUGGCGACGAGGGUGCUGGUCACUACGUGAAGAUGGUCCACAACGGUAUCGAGUACGGCGACAUGCAGCUCAUCUGCGAGGCCUACGACAUCAUGAAGCGUGGUCUCGGCAUGUCCGGCAAGGAGAUUGGUGAUGUUUUCGCCAAGUGGAACAAGGGCGUCCUUGACUCGUUCCUGAUCGAGAUCACCCGCGACAUCAUGUACUUCAACGACGACGAUGGCACCCCUCUCGUUGAGAAGAUUCUCGACCAGGCUGGUCAGAAGGGCACCGGCAAGUGGACUGCCGUCAACGCUCUCGACCUGGGCAUGCCCGUCACCCUCAUUGCCGAGGCCGUUCUGUCCCGCUGCUUGUCUGCCAUCAAGCCCGAGCGCGUGGAAGCCUCCAAGGUUCUUGAGUUCAAGAGCCGCGAGACCAAGUUUGACGGCGACAAGGCCCAGUUCCUCGACGACCUCGAGCAGGCCCUCUACGCCUCCAAGAUCAUCUCGUAUGCGCAGGGUUUCAUGCUCAUGCAGGAGGCUGCCAAGGAGUACGGCUGGAAGCUCAACAAGCCCUCCAUCGCCCUUAUGUGGCGUGGUGGCUGCAUCAUCCGCUCCGUUUUCCUCAAGGACAUCACCUCUGCUUACCGCAAGCAGCCUGACCUGAAGAACCUUCUGUUCGACGACUUCUUCAACAAGGCCAUCCACGAUGCCCAGCCUGGCUGGCGUGCGGUUGUGGGCAAGACUGCUGCCCUCGGUAUCCCGACCCCCGCCUUCUCCACUGCUCUGUCUUGGUUCGACGGUUACCGCACCGCCAACCUGCCCGCCAACCUGCUCCAGGCUCAGCGUGACUACUUCGGUGCCCACACUUUCCGCAUCAAGCCCGAGAACGCCACCGAGCAGUACAAGGAGGGCACCGACAUCCACGUCAACUGGACUGGCCGUGGCGGCAACGUCUCUGCCUCUACGUACCAAGCGUAAGAGAACAAAGGGGAGUGGGUGUGAAGUGCUUGCGAGCGGUGCUGCGCAUCAGCUUGUGUGCUUUUGAAUAAUUUGCUCCAUGCGAGGGCGGAGCGGACUGGAUAUCCAUGUUGUCGAGUCGGGCAAGAGACCAAAAGAUGGAUUGCCACAGAUAAUAUCUGAAGAAUGACCAGCAAAAAAUAGACAUGUUAAUCGAUCACUUGGUCGCAAGAUGGAGACUGAUGUUGAGUUGAAGUGUAGCGUCCCAACGUUUCGAAGGCAUCUCGAUAUUAGGGCAAACCCGUUUGUUACAUGUGUAUUUUCC